AUGGAAGAUUUCUUCUGGAAGACCUUGCUGGUGGUUGGGGCUCUUUCAGCCUCUGGACACUCUGCACUAUCCCAGAAACUACUCACCGAUGAUGGGGCUGUGGAACAGGGAGUGGCCAACUACAACAGCAAAGCACAAGAAGACUCCCUCUACCAGCUCCUGGAUGCUGUUCCUCAACCUGAUUGGGAUCCCAAUUCUGAAGGUACCCAAAUGUUGAAGUUCACCAUCAAAGAGACAGUCUGUCCAGCAGAAGAAGAAGGUUCCUUGGAUAAAUGUGACUUCAAGGAAGACGGGGUGGUCAGAGAAUGCACAGCCACUUAUUUCCUUGGGGAGAAUCCACCAAUGGCUGUUCUGGAUUGCAAAGCCGUGGGAGGAAUGGAGGAGAAGAGGUGGAAGAGAAGGAAGAGGUGA